AUGGCAAUGCUUUUUACGCAACAUGGUGAAUGUAUGGAACGCACAACAGAAACUGAAAUGCAAGUUGAAUCAACAGAUACCGUUAAAUGGUUAAAGUUUGCUUUUAAAGGAAGCAAGAAACGUGACCAAAUCGAUGAAAGUACGUGGAUAAAUCUAGUCAAUGACAAAUCAAAUUUGUUAAUUAUUCAAAAAGAACAAGGAAUGUGUUCUGGUGUAAAAGAACAAAAAGCGAUACAUGACAUAUUUCGUGGAUUUUCACGGAUUUAUCGUGCAAUACCAAGAAAUGAAAAAGUAAUUUUCUUGGUCGAUAAAUUUGCCCGGAUGACUUUAGAUGAUAUACAUACAUUAGUUGCAUAUAAACGAUUAAGAAAUUCUGGUUCACAAUUCCUAUUGGAUGCCCGUUAA